UUCCAGGGAUGUCAACUGGGCAUCGUUGAACAGGAGUGGAGAGAUAUCAAAUAACGUCUAUAAAUCCACGUAUACGACCAGAGAUCCACCACAAAUGAUAGCUAAUCUGGAGCAAAUCUAACCUGAACUGUCUUUCCUCAUCUUGUACCGGAAGUAUUCAGAAAACCAGAGGAGCUGGCAUUUCUGACGAUGGGAAUCACUAAACUAGCAGAUUUGAUCCGCUCUGAAGCUCCCAGCGCGAUUUCUUAUAAGGAUAUCAGUGACUACACCGGAAAAGUAAUCGCACUGGAUACAUCUAUUGUUGUGAACCAGUUCCGUGCAGCGACGCCUUCUCUCAGCCCCCUGACAGGUGUGUUUUUCCGCACGCUCACCUUCCUAGAGCAUGACAUAAGGCCAGUCUUUGUGUUUGAUGGAAAGCCUCCUGGGGAAAAGACACCUGUUCUUAAGAAGAGAGCUGAAGCAGCUGGUUGGAGCUCCCCCAACCGCACAGGCACAGCAUCAUCCCAGACCAAAGAAUGUCUCCAUCUCCUGAAGCUUCUGGGUGUACCUGUCAUCCAGGCUCCAGGGGACGCAGAGGCACUCUGUGCCUGCCUAGUGAGAGAGGGGACUGUAGACGCCGUGGCAUCAGAGGACAUGGACACGCUGCCGUUUGGAGCCAGUAUUGUUAUUCGCCAGCUGAAUGCCAAGAGGGACAGUGACGUCAUUGAAUAUUGUUUACCCAAGCUGUUAGAGAAACUCCAGAUUACUCACCAGGAGUUUGUUGACCUGUGUAUUUUGUUGGGCUGUGACUACUGUGAUAAGAUCGCCGGUUUGGGUCCUAAGAGAGCUCUGACACUAAUCCAGAAGCACCGCACUAUUGAGAAUGUGGUUUUGCAUGUCAACAGAAAGACCCAUCCUGUGCCACAAUUCUGGAAGUACCGAGAAGCACGGAAGAUAUUCUUAGAAGCACCACAAACCGUAGCUCCUGAACUCACCUGGACUGAGCCAGAUGAAGAAGCCUUGGUCGGGUUCCUCUGCCAUGUCAAACACAUUAAGGAGGACAGGGUCCGUCAUCGAAUGGAGAAGUUCCGUCAGAUGCGGGAAAGCAAGCGGGAGGAGAGGGAAAAGGAAAGGGCAGCAGGACGUAGCAGACAGACUCGCAUGGAGGACUUCUUUAGAGUUACCAGAAAGAGACGUCAGUCUGUGGAAGCUGCAGAAUCUGCAGAAUUAAGCAGCAACACAAAGAGGCCAAAGUCAAAAUAAGGCCACCACCAUCUGCUGCUCGCUGCCUCCACCAUCAAAGUUGGAAAGGAGUUGUUUAAACCCUGUCUGCUCUUCCAGAUAUCUCAAAAAAUUAUGGAAAAAGCAGGGACAGACAAAUCAGGGAUCCCGGUCUUGGCUUUCUGCCAUGAUUUUGUUUUGACAAACAAUCAUGCAUCAUUCCGGUGUUGAAGUAGUACUCCAUUCAUUUUGACUUUAUUUUCUUUAACCCUAAUAGUUAACCGAUUUGAACAGUUUCAGAGGCAGCAGCUUUAUAUGUUGGAUCAUGGGUUUGCGUUGAUGGAAGACUGCAUGUAGAAGAAGCUGAAGCAGGCAUCUUUCGCGACACUGACUUCAAGUCUUUGCCUCUGCAUGGGAGCUCUACCCCCACUGACAGUACAAUAAUCUGAUCUUGUGUUAACCGCAGCGUCGGCGACAAUGCAAUUCACUGAGCUGUUCUUCAGCCUAUCCAGCAGUUUCCUGCAGUGCCACCGAGAAAAGCCGAGCAGGCGGUGGACAGCAAUGAAAGAGAACAGAGCGAUCACUGUCAGGGAGGCCUUCCCCCAAGCCAAAGCUGGAGACAGGGGAUGUCUCAUCACUAGAUAUUCAAUGAGCACCUGUUGUAGAAAGGGUGCCAAGGCAGAGACUAAAGACUUGAAUUUUAAAACAUGCACUAAAAGAGGAAGUGAGAUGUUUCAAUCCAUGUUAUAUUAUUUUUGAAAAUACUUAUACUAUACACAUAUGUAUAUAUAUUUUAUAUGUAAUGCUGGUGGCCUUUUAAAAUUAAAAUAAUG